GCCCGCGGAAGCCGGAAGCGGCGGCUGGGGUUGUGCCGGCGGGGGGCGGAGAAGCAGCGGUGUGCGACCUGAGGCUGGGAACCCAGUGAUGGAUCAGGACCCUACAGUGGUGCGGCGGAGAGCGUCGCUGCUGCGGUGGCUGCUGCUGUUAUUGCCACUGUGGUCGAGGCUGGCCUUGGGCGCGCUUCCUUUCGGCAGCAGUCCGCGCAGGAUCUUGCUCGACCUCCUGUCCGAGCAGCAACUGCUGGAGGUGGAGGACUUGACCAUAUCCCUGCUACGGGGCGGAGGUUUGGGGCCACUGACGUUACCCCCGGAUCUGCCGAAUCUGGAUCCCGAGUGCCAGGAGCUGCUGCUGGACUUCGCCAACAGCAGCGCAGAACUGACCGGGUGUCUAGUGCGCAGCGCCCGGCCCGUGCGCAUCUGCCAGACCUGCCACCUGCUCUUCCAACAGGUCGUCAGCAAGAUGGACAACAUCAGCCGAUCCGUGGGGAAUACUUCAGAGAGUCAGAGUUGUGUCAGAAGUCUUUUAAUGGCAGAUAGAAUGCAAAUAGUUGUGAUUCUCUCUGAGUUUUUUAAUACCACAUGGAAGGAGGCAAAUUGUGCAAAUUGUUUAACAGACAACGGUGAAGAAUUAUCAAACAGCACAAUAUAUUUCCUCAAUCUAUUUAACCUCACCUUGACCUGCUUUGAGCAUAACCUUCAGGAGAGUGCACAUGGUCUUCUACCACCAAAAAAUUACUCAGAAGUGUGUAAAAACUGUCGUGAAGCAUACAAAACUCUGAGCAGUCUGUACAGUGAAAUGCAAAAAAUGAAUGAGCUUGAUAAUAAGGCUGAACUUCCUGAAACACAUUUAUGUAUCGAUGUGGAAGAUGCAAUGAAUAUUACUCGAAAACUUUGGAGUCGAACUUUCAACUGCUCAAUCUCUUGCAGUGACACAGUGCCUGUUAUUGCUGUUUCUGUGUUCAUCCUCUUUCUACCUGUUGUUUUCUACCUUAGUAGCUUUCUUCACUCGGAGCAAAAGAAACGCAAACUCAUUCUGCCCAAACGUCUCAAGUCCAGUACCAGUAGUGCAAACAUUCAAGAAAAUUCAAACUGAAACCAACAAGAUGAAGACUUGACAUCUUAUCACACGAAUGAUAAAACUUAUCUUGGUGGAAGAUAAAACUUGAUUGAAAAGAAGAAGAACUGUCAGGUUCUUAAGAAAUGCAAGGACUUUAGAUUUAUUUUUAAAUAAGAAUUUUCAAAUUUUUUUCCUUUUCACCCCUUUUUAAAAUUGGAUAUUUUUAAUUUUUAAGCAUAGCAGUGUUGUCUAUUUUAAAGUAUAUUUGUUACAAUAACAAAAGAUGCAAGAACAAUCUUUGUUUUAUUUUGUAGGCAUGUUAUUACUAUUUGAGACUUCUGGUAUCUCCCUAUGAACAUAAGUACCUCAAGUAAAAAAGUUUUUGAAGACAAACAUUUAAAAUUAAUCACUUAUAGCAAAAACUUAAAAAAAAGAAAUAUACUUGCCAAAAGAUAGCAAGUGCAGAAGUUAAUUUAAAUUAUUCUCCGUUGCAGUAUUAUUAUUAUUAUUUUUAUUAUUUUGAGACAGGAUCUCAUUAAGUUUCCCAGGCUGGCCUUGAAGGCAAGAUCUUCCUGCCUCAGUUUCCCCAGUAAUUGAGAUUACAGAUGUGUGCCACUACGCAUGCCCCUCCCCCUGACAUUGUAGUAUUAUUGUUACAGAUAUAUUUAAUAUGUCAUAUAUGACAAUAAUACAUAAUUCAAACUCUGAUUUCCCUAAAAUCAUUUUUGAAACCACUAAUUAUAGCCCUUCCUAACAAUUUUUCAAAGUGGUAAACCACAUAACAUUUAUCUUUGUAAGAAGAUUUAUGGUAACUGGUUUCUUACUUGACUUUUAUAAAUAGUAUUUUACAUCUUGUUUUUGCUUUUAUUUCAUAAGUAAUUUGAAUUCACUGGACUGCUUUAUUAUAUUCAGGGCACGAUGGAUUUUUUUAUACCAGGGAUUUGCAUUAUGAAUUACAUUAAGUUAUUUGGCAAUUUAUAAUUUAUUAAAACUUUAAAUCAAAUGUAGUAUUAUCACAUUGUAUUUAAAUUGUGAGUUUUUUUUUUAAUGUAAAUUUUCUCUUGAGAUAUAUAGGAAUUUUUGGAGGGAGAGAAAGGAGGAAUACAAAACUUCAGGCUGAGAAAACAGACCUGAGGGGAUGCUCAUUGUAAGACUAUUGAAUGGUACAUAUUGGAGACAUGAAUCAGAUGAUAGUCUCACACAGGAAGCAGUUAGAUUAAGAUGAUGUUUAGUUUUUGUCCUAAAGUGUGUAAAUCAGGUAAAAAUGAUAUGACUAAAAUGAAGUAACUUUUCACUCUCAGAAAACGAAUUCUGUUUUGGAAUAUUUGUAUCAGCCUUUAAAAAAAUAUUUAAUUUUAGAAUUGUUUAUGAUUUUAUUUCUCAGGAUUGUAGGAUUGAAAAUUUCAUUUAUUAAUUCCUUCUUGCUUUCUUUAUGAAAAUAGGCUUUUUUUAAAAAAAAAAUGUUGAGAAUAUGAAGGCUCCUAUGUAUAAGCAGAGUUCAGCUAAAUAGUAAGAGGGUUUAAACUCUUUAUACACUAAAAAAAUGCUCCAUAGAGAAUUAAGAGAGUGUUUUAAUAGUUUUUUUUUUUUUUUAAGUGUUUACCACAUACGCAGAGUGAAGAGAAGGCUAAUCCUGGGAUGUCUGACGUAUCCAAAAGCUGUUACCAUUUUUCGUGGUCUACUGUGAUCUAUUUAAACUAUGCUGCAGUUCAUUCUGCUGUUACUAUUCCCACUGCUGGUACAAAUAAAGCUGUCUUGAUUUGAAGCAUGUGUUUGAGGGCCAUUGAAAGCAAUCUUCAUUAAUGCAGAUGAAACCAGUUUACUAUGUUCAAAGUUAGAAAAAUGACAUAUUUGAGUAUAUACAUAGUGACUUUGUGAGCACCUUUCAAUAUUAUAUGUUGGAAAAACCAUUGCUUUGGGAUAUAAAGCUAAUAAGCACUUUAAAAAAGAAAAGACAGCCUUUAAUAUUUUUAUGGUGGGGUCAUUGCUCUUUAGAAAUUGCAUCAGCCUUAGUAGAUUUUAAAAAAUAAAAAUUAAGUGCUACACUAAAGGGGGUAUUUCAUUCUGUAGUGAUGGAAAAGUUCUGAAUUGAGACAUACAGCUUAUGUAUAAACACAAGAACAUCUUUAAGUUUUUGACACUUUAAAAUAAAGUAAUUUAAGGAAAUUACAAUGCUGUAAUUGGAUUUUAAAUACAUUUUUGGAAACUUCAGUUGUAAUUUAACAUCAUAUCUAAGUUUUUCAUGUAUUGAGUUUAAGUGCCCAUCUGUCUUAUAACUUUACUGCAAAUAAAAAUGUGCUUUUGGAUUAUUA